AAGGGGACAACGGUGUAUUACUGGCCGGAAACGAGACCAGCUCCUCCGGUUACUAGUUUGGGCACCCUGGGACUGUGGCUGCAGCAGGACAUGGCAGACUCUGCACAGGCCCCGAAGCUGGUAUACCUGGUCACAGGUGGCUGUGGCUUCCUGGGGGAGCAUGUGGUUCGAAUGCUGCUGCAGCAGGAACCCCAGCUCCGUGAGCUGCGGAUCUUUGACUUGCACCUGGGUCCCUGGCUGGAGGAGCUGAAGACAGGGCCAGUGAAGGUGACUGCCAUCCAGGGGGAUGUGACCCAGGCCCACGAGGUGGCAGCGGCUAUGGCUGGAGCCCAUGUGGUCAUCCACACAGCUGGGCUGGUGGACGUGUUUGGGAGGGCCAGUCCUGAGACCAUCCAUGAGGUCAAUGUGCAAGGCACGCAGAACGUGAUUGAGGCUUGUGUGCAGACUGGAACACAGUUCCUGGUCUACACGAGCAGCAUGGAAGUUGUGGGGCCCAACAUCAAAGGCCACCCCUUCUACAGGGGCAAUGAGGACACCCCAUAUGAAGCAGUACACAGGCACCCCUAUCCUUGCAGCAAGGCCCUAGCUGAGCAGCUGGUCCUGGAAGCCAAUGGAAGGAAGGUCCGUGGGGGGCUGCCCUUGGUGACAUGUGCUCUGCGUCCCACCGGCAUAUAUGGUGAAGGCCACCAGAUCAUGAGGGACAUCUACUACCAGGGCCUGCGCCUGGGAGGCCGGCUCUUCCGGGCCAUCCCAGCCUCUGUGGAGCACGGACGGGUGUAUGUAGGCAACGUGGCCUGGAUGCAUGUGCUGGUGGCCCGGGAGCUACAGCAGCGAGCGGCACUAAUGGGUGGCCAGGUGUACUUCUGCUACGACAAAUCACCCUAUAAGAGCUACGAGGACUUCAACAUGGAAUUCCUGGGCCCCUGUGGACUGCGACUGGUGGGCACCCGCCCACUGUUGCCCUACUGGCUACUGAUGCUUCUGGCUGCCCUCAAUGCCCUGCUGCAAUGGCUACUGCGGCCGCUGCUGCUCUAUGCGCCCCUGCUCAACCCAUACACGCUGGCUAUGGCCAACACCACCUUCACCGUCAGCACAAACAAGGCUCAGCGCCAUUUCGGCUACGAGCCCCUAUUCUCAUGGGAGGAGAGCCGGACCCGCACCAUUCGCUGGAUGCAGGCCAUGGACAGUUCGGCCCAGUGAUAGUGGAGCUGGGGCCUGGAGCCCAGUGUAGCAUAUCCAUCCAGGCCCAGAGCCCUCAAACCCUGGAUAGGGAAGGAAGGCUGCACUCUGGAGCUGGAGGGGCUGGUGCCAUACUGGCUGCCCUAGAGCUCAGCACUGAGUCUGUGUCCAGAUGCCUCGAAGAUCUAGGGCAGCGUCUUGACUCUCAAUCCAGGCCUGACGGUGGGUUGGGGGGGGGGUCUGACUUCCCGAUGCUCUCAACUGCCCUCCCAUUAUUGGCUUUCAAGCAGGAAGUGAGUACAUGUUCCACGGGCCUCACGCUGGCCUUUGACGUCCAAGCGUGGUCCUCAGGCCUGGAUUCAGAGUGAAGAGGCUUUCUGGCUCUUCCCACCACUUCUGUC